AUGACUUCUUGGGCAACCUCAAACAUCAUGUCUUCAGCGACCUUGAUCAUGGACAACAUCAGGGACAACUGCAGCGUAUCCGGACUGGUGGCGGGUACAGCAAUCGCAUACAUCUCCUACUCGCUCCUUACAGCACUCUACAAUCUCACUCUCCACCCGCUUGCCAAAUACCCAGGCUCCAAGCUCUACGGUGCUUUCUACUUCCCCGCCUAUUGGGACAUUUACCAGGGACACGACAGUGAGAUAUACAAGCAGCAGCACGAGAAGUACGGGCCCCUUGUGCGCGUGAGGCCCAACAGGUUGUCUUUCAGCACCGCGCAAGCUACCAAAGACAUCUACCUUACAAGACAUGCAAACAAUUACACGCUCGCCAAGGACCCCGAUUUAUUCUCCGAACCGAUCGAAGGCACCCCCAGUACGCUUGCAAAUGUCGAUGCCCAGAAUCACAAGAGACAGCGACGCGUGAUAAGUCAUGCCUUCUCAACGGCGGCGCUACGGGAUCAGGAAGAUAUUGUGCACCGGUAUACCGAUAUGCUCAUCUCGCGCUUGCACGAAAAGGUCACCGGUCCGGAGAAGGGAAAGGUGGAAAUAUCUCUCUGGUUCAACUUCAUGGCAUUCGACAUCAUCGGCGACCUAGCAUUUGCCGAUCAGUCUCACUCCCUCGAGACAGGCGAGAACAGCUCGUGGAUGACAGCCUUAUACGAAAACCUCUCAGCUUCCAUGUUCCUCCGCGUCUGCAGAGCGUACCCGCUUGCCCACUUCGUCGUGCAGUCCAUCAUGAAACUAAGCCCCGCCGUCGCGUCAAUAAUCUUGAAGGUCAAAGACGAUUCGACGAGCAAAAUGAUGAAGCGGUUUGAAUCAGAUACAGAUAGGAAGGACUUUACUAGUCAUUUCUUGAAACACAACAAUGGGCACAUGACAGUCGCCGAGCUCACCGCGAACGCUGAUUUCUUUAUGAUUGCCGGCUCGGAAACCACCGCAACCCUCCUCAGCGGCAUGUUGUACCUCCUCACACAGAACCCCACAGCAUUUAAAAAGCUGCGUGAAGAGAUCGAUGCCAACUUUACGAGCAUGAGCGAAAUGUCUUUCGUCAAGGAAUCUCAGCUACCAUACCUGCACGCCUGCACUGAAGAAGCGUUGCGAUGCUACCCCCCGGUCCCCCUCGAUCUCCCACGUGUAACGCCCCCCCACGGGGCGGUCGAUCGACGGCAUCCACGUACCAGGAAACACCAGAUGUCCGUGGGAAUCCACCAUCUGAGCACGUUCCACUCGGCUCGGAACUUCAAGAACCCAAUGGAAUUCCACCCGGAGCGCUGGCUCGGCGACAAGGAAUACGCGGGCGACGAGCUGGCUGUGCUGCAGCCCUUUUCGAUCGGUCCGCGCAACUGCCUGGGGAAGGCAGCAGUCGCAGUCGCAAGUCGCAAGUCGCAGCAGCUAACAGGAGCCGAAAAGGGCCUCGCCUACGCGGAAGUCAGAAGCAUCAUGACGCGCUUGUUGUGGAAUUUUGACGUUGAGCUUUUGCCCGAGUCCAAGAACUGGAUGGUGGGUCAGAAGUCGUUUGGUCUGUGGAAGAAGGGCCCGUUGUGGGUGAAGUUGUCGGUCAGAAAAGAUCGACGAUGA